AUGAACAAAAACGAAAUUCUUCGUCCAUCAUUAGAAGGUGUUGUCCGUUCGGAAGAAAAAUCUAGCCAAACAGAUGAACAGGUCAUGUUAACACAAGUUGCUCACUCUCCAAGUAACGAGCAGGAACCUCCUAUAACAAAGACCACAGACGUACCAUCUCAGCCAUGCCCAUGUAUUUCUUUUGGUCUCCAUGAGUCGAGUAAUUCGAAAAUGCAUAAAUUAUUCGAACAUCUGACGUCUCUCCCUCCAAUGGAUAAAAGUGGGUCAAUGAGUGGUGAAUGUGAUUUUGAAACCACUCAAAUGGAAAAAUUUCUUUCAAAAACAUUCGGUUUUCAAAAUCUCUCUGGACAAUAUAUCGUUCAAGGUGUCAAAGCAUUUCAAUUAGACAAAUCGCCACUUUCGAUGGAUCCGGAAAAAGUAAUUCGUUUCCCCAUCAAGACUGCUACUACGUCAUUUGUGAUGAACGUACAAGAAAUACUCGAUUGGCAACAGUCAUAUAAAGUUUAUGCUGACAAAACUAUUAAGGGUAUGAAUGAAGAUUUUCUUCGACGAGCACUACAAGGACAGAGUGAAUAUGGAAAGGAAGCAUUUCGUAUGAAAUUUGUUGUUCGUAUUUCACAAUGCCCUAUCUUGAUGGAAUUCGAUGCUCGCAUAAUAUCUCGUGCGGCUCAAGAAGAAUGGCCACACCGAAUUAAAUUAGUUUCAGUAACUGGCAUUGAUUUUGCUGGACGAAUACAUGAUGUAGAUGAUAUUCGGACUUAUGUUACAAAUUGGAAAGAUGUUUAUGAAAUCAAUCCGAAUUCGAAUUUACCACUAGUUUAUAAUAAAAGAGAUUUUCGUCGGAGAACUAAUGGUCCACGAGCAAAACUAGACAAAGAUUUUCUUCGAAAUGAUUUAAUACGUAUGGCAAGACUUCGACUACGAGCAUGUGAUCAAGAAGGAGUGCAAGUGGUAGUCGAAACAGGUAUUGGACUUGGUGUAUUUGCUGGCAAAGCUAUUGGAAUUGAUCAAAAAGUACGAUCACUUUCUGCAUUUGCUAUUCGAAAAGUACUUGAAGAAGAUGGACAAACUUAUCGAAACAUACAUGCCGUAGUGUUUGCCCUACCUAUUUUUGAUUUAGGUCAUCAAAAUGAUAAAAGACAAGAUACCUAUCAAGCCUUUGCUGAUGAAUUCAAUCGAAACAAUUAUCAAGGUCCUAUUCCUGUAUUAAUUGCUGAUCAAGAUAUGCAUCGAUUAACUGUAGCUAUUGCUCGUAUGGGUUUUAAUGUUUCUGAGUUGAAUCCUGCUGAUUCACAUGGUGUAUUCGGUGAAUAUUGGCAAAAUCGAGGACCAGCUGUAGAAGAAAAACUAGCUUUAACAACAGUAGGUCUACUUGUACAACAUCAUAUCAUUAAUCCAUAUGUACUUGAUCCAAGCCACUACCAUUUUAUUUAA